AUGAAUGAUAUGAUGAAGGAGGAUAGCCAAAUAAAGUGUAAAAACAUCGUAUCCAUAUACACCAUUCGAAUGUAUCUAAAUGGGGUCAUAAUUGGAUAUGUUUUUAGACGUGAAAUUUAUAGAAAGUUUUAUGUAUAUAAAAAUGACAACUUGAUAUUUCAUUGUUUAAAAGAAGGGUUCUGUUCAGCAGCACGCAAUCAGGGUCCUCCCAGCACAGCUCAUUUAUCAUCCCAGAGUCUAUCGCAUCAUAGAAAAAUCCGUCUGGCUAGUAAAUUAAACUACAACAAUUAUUGCAAGAGUAACAAAUAUAUCUGUAACUCUUUCCCCUUCCGUAAUUUAUCCAAUUUGAAGAAAAACAUUGAGGUCUCAAAUUUCCUCGCUUCGAGACUUGCAUUCUGGACAUUAGAACACACACGUACACCCCGUCGCUUGCCCAAUUCCACAGGCGUCUGCACCUUAACGUGCUGGGAAUUGAACAAAGUAUUUGAAAAUAGCGUGCUGUCCCCUAUAUGUUCUGGCGUCGUAGCUUCCGCAUUCAACAAAGUAAUUUUCAGGGAGUACCAGAAGAUUCUCAUCCCUGGAUGGCUCGGAUGCAUCUUAAGGUAA